UUAGCUUCUUGAGUUUCAUCCAUUGUGGAUAGGUUGCUGCACCAUGUUUACUCGUGUUGACGAAUGAUGUCCGUCUUUCUCUCUUAACAGAAUCGCAUUCUUUUGAUCUAAAAUGUAUUUUCUCAGAAACUGUUACAUUCUGAACUUACAUUUUUUCAAAAAUUGUCUAGCAAGUGUGUCUCGCUCGUCUUGCUUCUUGAUCCACAAAAUUAGACUGGUCAGUUAUUUUUUAGCCUCAGCUCUUUUUUUGAUACAUGAUUAAAAUAAAUUGACACUGCAUCACUUCCUGUGCACAGGAAGAUUUUCCCUCCACAGCGUGAGCUGACCACUUUGUUUUUUAACAGCAGUAUACUGAAGAUUUUCAGAUCUGGGACCAUCUGAGAUGAUGGGAUUCCUUACUCCUGUUCAUACUGUGGGAAGAGUUUCACUGAAUCAUCUGGACUUGCUCAACAUCAGAAAGUGCACACAGGAGAGAUGCCUUAUUCCUGUUCUGAAUGUGGUAAGUGCUUCCUGAGAUCAUAUGCACUUACUCUACAUCAGAGAGUGCACACGGGAGAGAAGCCUUACCACUGUACAGACUGUGGGAAGAAUUUUUCUCAGUCAAGUAGCCUAAAACUUCACCAGCGAAUGCAUACUGGAGAGAAGCCUUAUUCCUGUUCUGGCUGUGGAAAGAGUUUCUCUCGGUUAAUUCAUCUUACAACUCAUAAGCGAAUACAUACUGGAGAGAAGCCUUACUCCUGUUCUGACUGUGGGAAGAGUUUCACUAAAUCCUCAGGACUUGCUCGCCAUCAGAAAGUUCACACAGGAGAGAAGCCUUAUUCCUGUUCGGAGUGUGGGAAGAGUUACGCUCAGUUUGAAAGCUUAAAAGCUCACCAGCAUGUACAUACUGGAGAGAAACCUUAUUCCUGUUCUACCUGCGGGAAGAGUUUUAUGAGGUCAUGUGAACGUUCUGUUCACCGAAGAGUGCACAGAGGUGAGAAGCCUUACUCCUGUUCUGACUGUGGGAAGUGUUUCUUGAGAUCAGGUGCACUUGCUCUACAUCAGAGAGUGCACACAGGAGUGAAGCCUUACUUCUGUUCUGACUGUGGAAAGAAUUUUUCUCAGGCGGAAGGCCUAAAAUGUCACCAGCGCAUACAUACUGGAGAGAAACCUUACUCAUGUUCUGACUGUGGGAAGAGUUUUAUGAGGUCAUGUGAACGUUCUGUUCACCAAAGGGUGCACACAGGAGUGAAGCCUUACUUCUGUUCUGACUGUGGAAAGACUUUUUCUAGGGCAAAUGGCCUAAAACGUCACCAGCAAAUACAUACAGGAGAGAAACCCUACUCCUGUUCUGACUGUGAUAAGCGUUUCAGUCAUCUAAGUUCCCUCAAAAAACAUCACCAGAAACAUUUUGGAGAAUAAUAAUAUGAUUCAUCAGUGAAUACACAGAAUAGAAUACUUCAAUAACAUUUUCAAUCAAUCAAAUGUAUUUAUAAAGCCCUUUUACAACAGCAGUUGUCACAAAGUGCUUUUACAGAGACACCCGGCCUUAAACCCCUAGAAACAAAGCGUAGUGUUGAAUUUCAGUGGCUAGGAUACUUAAUCUUUCUCUGUGGGAAGAUGAUUCAUUCAAAUGUUACCGGCAGAGAGACACUGAAGAUAAUCUCUAUUUCUGUUGUUAUAGUUGUUACUGGUGCAAAUGGUUUUGGCGUGUGUCAUUUGAUGGUAUCUUUUUAAUGGUUUUCAUGUCCUGUCUAUUAAUUGCAUUAUUAGACUCCUUAUGUCCUGACUAGAACUGUAUUUCUGUGUCCUGAUUAAGGUUAUUCCCUAUACAGUUAAUAAACUAUCCAGAUCAACUGUAAGACAUGUAUGCUAAACUAAUCUACUUAAAUUCAGGAAAUGAAUAAUAGUGUUUUCUGAAUAUACGGUUAUGUAUAAUUUAACUCUAAAUGUUUGCUGGAUGUCAAUAAAUGCCUGAUAAGUGAUACCAAAAGUCUAGCUUUGGAUGGGGCCGAUUGAAUACCUGUAAGUGUGCAAAUGCCAGUUUGAUUGAUUACAGGAAUCAAGAACUUUUGUCUUAAUCUAUAUUCAUAUAUAUAUAAGUUAUUAGUGAAAGUAGAUACUGCCCCCCCUAACAAAAUAAAAAUCUGAGAUUAUGCAAAAUGAUGUUUUUCCUGCUUAUAACAUGUAUUUACUAUACAUUAUUUUUUUAAUGAUAAUUUCCUUUUGCUCUAUGAUAUUUCCUUAAUCUAAACACUCAGCGCAAACCGUAGGAUUAGGCUAUAUGCAGACAAUAUACACUCACCUAAAGGAUUAUUAGGAACACCUGUUCAAUUUCUCAUUAAUGCAAUUAUCUAA